UCUUGUGCUGCAGGUUGGACGGGAUUACGGAGCGCGCCGCGGCGCAAUUCCCCUUGCUGUGCGCAAUGCUGUGGACUUGUUCGCACGGCAUUUCUCCGUCUGCGUGAACUGAUCCACACCUGCGACCUAUCACCCACACCCCACAAUCCCCUCCGAUCGCUCACUUAGCAGCUAUAUGGAAACAUGGCCGACGUCCCUCAGAUCGUCAAAAUUGGGAUUUCCUUGAAGAUGCUUCCCAACAACACCGCGGUGCACUUCAAGUCCGACGGCGCCAGGUUCGGACAGACCCGGACCAUCAAGCUGCUGACCGGAUCCAAAUACAAAAUCGAGGUGGUCAUUAAGCCAGGAGCGGUCGAGGCCACGUCCAUGAGUGUGGGUGGGGUGACCUUCCCUCUGGAGCAGCAGUCUAAAGACCCGCAGGCGGUGGUCUACACCGGCCAGUACGACACAGAAGGGGUGGCGCACACCAAGAGUGGAGAGAGGCAGCCAGUUCAGAUCAACAUCCAGUUCACAGAGGUGGGGAUGUUUGAAACUGUGUGGCAGGUGAAGUACUACAACUACAACAAGAGGGACCACUGCCAGUGGGGGAACAGCUUCAACAGCAUCGAGUAUGAAUGCAAACCCAACGACACGCGCACACUCAUGUGGGUCAACAAGGAGAUGUUUGUCUGAUGGAGAAAUGGCUUGAAACAUUUAGCGUGUACUCUGUGAAAACACAAGAUGUGACAUAUCUAACCGUCAGUGUGUAAUUAUGAUCUAUUGCUUCCUGUUGCUAAAAGGAUGUAUAUGUCCUUCCUUCCUGUCAAUCCAGUCUGCUCAAUAUUUUUUUUUUCAUAAUUACAACCUCUCAUAUUUCCCAUCAUUGACCAGUAAGAAAAAACCUAAACGCUUUUCCCUGUUUGAAAAAGAAAACUCAACUUUUCCUGUUUUAAUUCUGUUAAAAAAUGCACCCAAUUUCCUGCCAAAUCCAAUCCUAUGGCGGAACAUGUAAAAUGCAGUGAUGUUGCCAGUGUUUUCACAUUGGUUUUGUUUGUUUAUGGUGAUGAUACAAAUGUGUCAAAAUUAACCUGGCACAUUGUAUUGAGGUCAAAAUGGAACGUGUAGCACUUCUCAACAACCUACUUUAAAAUCUGUUAAAAUUAUUUAUGGGAGAUUAAAGGAGGUAACUGUUUUGUACAAUUCGAUUGUGGCAACUGGUGACCCUCAAGUGUAUUCAGACAUAUGUGCAUGUGCAGUACUGUGUGUGUGUGUGUGAACGCCUGUGUGCCUGUGUGUUUAGCUACAGUGUGUGCGUGUGUAUUUCAUAAACCGUGUUUGUUCAGAUGUGUUUAUUUGUGGUUAUGUAUUUUGAAGUUAUGUUUAUAUGUGAAACAUUUCAUUCCAAAAAUCCAGAAAUUCAUGUCAUUCUUUCAAAACUAUUGCUAGCAUGAAAGUUAAUUAUGUGUUAACUUAAGUCAUGUUACAAAAGUUACCAAAAUGUUAUUAUCGUCUAAGAAUAGAGCAUUUCUCCUCUCGACAAAGUCCAGCGUCCUUGCAUGAGUGACUUUGGAUUUCGUUGGCCCCGAGCAGAAUUUUUUCCAUCUGUCCUCUUAUGGGAACUUGCCAUGACAGCUGCAGCUUCUAAAGUUAAAACUGUGGGGUCACGGGUCCACACAGUUGAAAAUGAAUUCAAAUUUCGUUAAGUGCAGGAACUUGUAAAAUGAUAACAAAACCGAACUGCCUUCGGCCUAUUGUGCUGAGACACUUGCACCUUGAAGCUGGUCCUCGCCAAACCGGGGAGAUACCACUUCUAUAUCUGAACAGUCCUGUUGCUGCAGCCUGCAAAAGCAUUUCAGGUCACUCAUGACUGACACAGGACACAAGCCAAAUGGACAAGGACAUUGUUUGUUUAAAAGUGUACAAGCCAUCUCCCAGCCUCUACGAGCUGCUGAUAGCUGGACCCAGAAAUAAUAUGUCUACUCUCUCAAAAGCGUGUUUCAGCCCAUAUCCUUUUACACUGCAGUGCACCUCUUCUGCGUCAGCACCUCCAAAUCAUUAAAUUACCCAGAAUCUUGUGAAUCAAGCGAACCUGUGCCACUGCCUACACCUUAUGAUGAAACCAGGGCCCAUAGUGUUUUGGAGUGAAUGCUCUGUGUAGCUGUGUUCAUUAUUUUGUGGUACUGGAAGUAGGAAUUUGGUAUUCAGGUGAAGUUGUGCUCCUUUGUACAGCAUGUUUGUUUCUUUGUUGGUUUUCUCUACCUCUUCCAUUUAUCCAUGAAUAUUCAUGUUUAUUAAGGAGAAAAUAUGUAUUUGAAGCAUUCAGAACAUAAACUGUUAAUGUUAUAUUUUUUUCUAUUUCUUGUGGAGAAUCAAAAUAUUAGAAAAACUGUAUUUUUGUACGGUGUUGAACCACUGAAAAUGUUUUAUUAUUGUGUGUAUUUUGGUAGAAACUGACAUGUUGAAUUGACCUAUGCAAG